AUCGAGCCCACAACCCAGGAAUUGAAUGACCUGGCAUGGGACCCCCCAGAACAGUGUUCAGCAGGUCCUGUUGGAGAUGAUAUGUUCCAUUGGCAAGCUACAAUAAUGGGGCCAAACGACAGUCCCUAUCAGGGUGGAGUAUUUUUCUUGACAAUUCAUUUCCCAAUAGAUUAUCCCUUCAAACCACCUAAGGUUGCAUUUACAAGAACUUAUCAUCCAAAUAUUAACAGUAAUGGCAGCAUUUGUCUUGAUAUUCUGUGGUCACAGUGGUCUCCAGCACUAACUAUUUCAAAAGUACUCUUGUCCAUCUGUUCUCUGUUGUGUGAUCCUAAUCCAGAUGAUCCUUUAGUGCCUGAGAUUGCUCUGAUCUACAAAACAGAUAGAGAAAAGUACAACAGAAUAGCUCGGGAAUGGACUCAGAAGUAUGCGAUGUAAUUAAAGAAAUUAUUGGAUAACCUCUACAAAUAAAGAUAGGGGAACUCUCAAAGAGAAAGUCCUUUUGAUUUCCA